AUGGCUACAUAUUUAGAUGAGUCAAUCGACAACUAUUUAUAUUUAUCUUACAACCCUUACUCUGGCAGGUAUCCAAAACCAAAAGGUGCGGGCUGGAGAAACAAAAAUUAUUUGGCCAACUAUGCCGACACAGAGGCGUACAUUGAUAACCACCAUCGCGCGCAACUUAAAUUCCUCUUAUCCCAAAUAAACCCCAAUCUUACACCGAGGCUACGGAAAGCAAACACCAAAGACGUCGCGGUGCAGGUCAAUCCGAAGAAGGAUGUUUCUGUGCAGUGUUCCCUCGGCCCACUGACCCUCAUAGACAGAAAGCGAGACACUUUGCGCAAGAGAAGACAAGAGGAAACCCAAACACCCGGUAGUCCAGGGAGCUCUGUGGGAGGGGUGCGUUACCCUCGCACUCUGGCAGUCUACUCCCCUAUCGCGUCUAGGAGACUUGCAUCCUUUCUAGAAUAUGACAAAGUUGAGUCGAGACGAGCACAGACCGGUGACCCACCUGAAACCGUUAAGAUUAGGAAAAUGGAUGAAGGUGAGAAAUCUGAGGACAAAACAGAAAAGGCAAAAGACGAAAAUACUUGGCCACAUACAAAAUCUAGUAAUACUGACCAAUCAGUUAUGACCGAGGGCGUCAAAGCCAAUCAGGAUGGUUCGAAAGUCAAGGCCCGCGUGAGAUUUCAGGUCUACUUCAAGCAGUUCUGUAGAACAUGCCAGAAGUCCUUCAACCCCUACCGUGUUGAGGACAUAACCUGUCAGACUUGCAACAAGGCACGCUGCAUGUGCCAAGUGACCCUGCGCCACGUUGACCCCAAACGCCCCCACAGACAGGAUCUGUGUGGCAGGUGCAAGGGCAAGAGGCUCUCCUGUGACCUCACCUUCAGUUUCAAAUACAUCAUCUAG